AUGCCAGAUUACUUCAGAGAUAGUGCCUUCUAUGAUAUCGCUAAAGAUGGACUUGACUUCGAUACUGAGGUUGGGUUUAACAAAAUAUUCUUUUACGACGCACUUGACAGAGAAGAAUAUGCAGAACUUUUGAAAAAUUUAUAUUUUGCUGCUGCUGUAGGAAUAGCUAGGAAAGGCAAAAUAACGUUUGCUCAAUGUGCUUAUGAAAAUGAAAAUAAAUAUUAUGGAGUAGUGAGACUUGAAAUUGCAGUUGCAGUAAAAAAUUGUAUUUAUGCAGGUCAGGCUUUUUGCAUAGAAUAUGAUAGUUUCACUAUAGAUGAGUUUAAAGAGGAACCUGAAGUUAUAUUUGAAUUAAGAUUACUUUAUAAGACAAUGAAAUAUAAGCUUAAAAAAACUGAAAUUUCAACUUAUGAGAAUUUUCAUAAAAAAUUUAAGGAAUAUUUUAUUGCUCUUAACGAAAUUCUUGAUGUUAUUUUUUCUUACUUUUCAAAUAUAGAUAACAACUUGAAUCUACCUCUUAUGAUCAUCAAUAUUGAUGAAACAAAUUCAAUAUUUGAACAAAAUAGAGACAUAUUUUUUAAAGAAGUUGUCAAAUCACUCUCAGAUAUGAUUUUUUGA